UGGGGGGGUGGUGGUGGAGGGAGGGAGGAGAAAAAAAAAAGCACUCAAGCCUUCAAAGGGAGUGAGACCAGAUCACAAUGCAGCCUGUUGAGCUGCUUGUUGGCUUCUUGAUUGCUACCGUGUUACACGAUGAAGGUACAACAGGAACAGAAAGUACUGAAUGCUCUUGUGGUAGAAAUCACUUCACGUGCGCAGUGAGUGCAUUUGGAGAAUGUACCUGUAUUCCAGCUCAGUGGCAGUGCGAUGGGGACAAUGACUGCGGAGACCAUAGUGAUGAAGAUGGCUGCAUGCUCCCUACCUGUUCCCCUCUGGAAUUCCACUGUGACAAUGGCAAGUGCAUCCGCCGAUCCUGGGUGUGCGAUGGUGACAAUGACUGCGGCGAUGAUUCAGACGAACAAGAUUGUCCACCCCGCGAGUGCGAGGAAGACGAGUUUCAUUGCCAAAAUGGCUACUGUAUCCGGAGUUUGUGGCACUGUGAUGGUGACAAUGACUGUGGAGACAACAGCGAUGAACAAUGUGACAUGCGGAAAUGUUCUGACAAAGAGUUUCGGUGUAAUGAUGGCAGUUGCAUUGCAGAGCACUGGUACUGUGAUGGAGACACAGAUUGCAAAGAUGGAUCUGAUGAAGAAGGCUGUCCCUCUGAUAUUCCUGCCACCACUUGCAGUGUGGAGGAGUUCCAGUGUGCAUACGGACGCUGCAUUCUUGACAUAUACCACUGCGAUGGGGAUGAUGACUGUGGUGAUUGGUCAGAUGAGUCCGACUGUGCAUCACAUCACCCAUGUAGAUCGGGUGAAUUUCUAUGUAACAGUGGGCUGUGUAUCAAUGCUGGCUGGAGGUGUGAUGGUGAUUUUGACUGCGACGACCAGUCUGAUGAGAAAAAUUGCACCACUUCGCAGUGCACCACAGACCAGUUUCGCUGCAAGUCUGGCCGAUGUGUGCGGCUGUCAUGGCGAUGCGAUGGAGAGGAUGAUUGCUCCGAUAAUAGCGAUGAAGAAGACUGUGAGAAGACAGAAACCCCGCACUGUGCUCCAGAUCAGUUCACAUGUGGCAACGGACGUUGCAUUGGUCAACGCAAAGUCUGCAAUAGUGUCAAUGAUUGUGAAGAUGGCAGUGACGAAAGCCCACACCAAAACUGCCGUGCACGCAACGAAGACGAAAACUGCAAUGUGAACAAUGGCGGAUGCGCUCACAAGUGUCAGCAGUUUCGAGGCCUUAUUCAAUGCACGUGCCACACAGGCUACCGAUUAUCCGAGAACGGAAAGUUUUGUCAAGAUGUCAAUGAAUGUGCGGAGGAUGGAUACUGCAGUCAAGGCUGCACCAAUACAGAGGGAGGAUUCCAAUGCUGGUGUGUUCAGGGCUAUGAACUCCGCCCUGACAAACGGGGCUGCAAAGCAUUGGGACCGGAGCCGGUGCUGCUGUUUGCAAACAGGAUUGACAUCCGACAGGUACUGCCCCGCCGAUCAGAAUACACACUUCUCCUCAACAACCUGGAGAAUGCCAUCGCUCUGGAUUUCCAUCACAACAUGGAGUUGGUUUUCUGGUCAGACGUGACGUUAGACCGCAUUAUGAAAGCCAACUUAAAUGGGAGCAACGUGGAGGAGGUGGUAUCGACUGGUCUCGAGAGCCCAGGUGGGCUGGCCAUUGACUGGAUCCAUGAUAAGUUGUACUGGACAGAUUCUGGCACCUCACGUAUUGAGGUCGCAAAUCUGGAUGGGACACAGAGAAAAGUGCUUCUAUGGCAGAACCUGGAGAAACCUCGAGCCAUAGCACUACAUCCAAUGGAGGGGACUAUCUAUUGGACAGAUUGGGGUAACACACCUCGGAUUGAGUAUGCAGCCAUGGAUGGAUCUAACCGCAGAAUCAUAGCAGAUACCCAUCUCUUCUGGCCUAAUGGACUUACCAUCGAUUACGCAGGACAAAAGAUGUAUUGGGUGGAUGCCAAACACCAUGUGAUUGAACGUGCUGAUCUUGAUGGACAGAACAGAAAAGCAGUGAUAAGCCAAGGCCUUCCUCAUCCUUUUGCCAUCACUGUGUUUGAAGACAGUCUGUACUGGACAGACUGGCACACAAAAAGCAUAAAUAGUGCCAACAAAUUUACUGGGAAAAAUCAAGAGAUUAUCCGGAAUAAGCUACAUUUUCCAAUGGACAUUCACACACUCCAUCCACAGAGACAACCAGCAGCAGGGACAAACCACUGUGGGCUGAAUAACGGAGGUUGCAGCCAUCUUUGUCUUCCCAGCAACACCAACUAUACCUGUGCUUGUCCAACCGGCUUCAAGAAGGUCGACGCACACAGCUGUGCCGGAAGUCUUGACAAGUUCCUGCUUUUUGCUCGAAGGACGGACAUCCGUCGCAUCAGCUUUGACACAGAGGACAGGUCUGAUGAUGUUAUUCCACUGGCUGAUGUGCGCAGUGCUGUUGCACUUGACUGGGAUGCCAAAGGCGAAUACAUCUAUUGGACAGAUGUCACUACAGACUCUAUCAACAGAGCUAAGUGGGAUGGAACAAAUCAGGAGACUGUGGUGGACAGUAGCCUGGAGAGUCCUGCAGGCUUAGCCAUUGACUGGAUAACAAACAAACUCUACUGGACAGAUGCAGGUACAGACAGAAUUGAGGCCUCGAAUUUAGAUGGCAGUAUGCGCACAGUCCUCAUCUGGGAAAACCUAGACAGACCCAGGGACAUUGUGGUGGAUCCUCUCGGAGGGCACAUGUACUGGACAGACUGGGGAGCGAGUCCAAAAAUCGAACGUGCGGGGAUGGACGCAUCUCAGCGGAUAGUCAUCAUUUCCUCCAAUCUCACCUGGCCCAACGGCCUGGCAGUUGACUACGAGACCGAGAGACUGUACUGGGCCGAUGCAGGGAUGAAGACAAUCGAAUACGCAAAUCUCAAUGGGACUGACAGGAGGGUCCUGAUCGGCAGUCAGUUGCCCCACCCCUUUGGCUUGACCUUGCACAAAGACAAGAUCUACUGGACCGACUGGCAGUCGAAGAGUAUUCAGAGUGCGGAUAAAAACAGCGGCCUGGGACGUGAGACACUCCGAGAGAAGCUGGAAAACUUAAUGGAUAUUCACAUGUUCCAUCGACACCGAACGUCAGCGGCUACCAUGUGUAAAAUAAACAAUGGUGGCUGCAGCCAUCUCUGUCUUCUGGCUCCUCUGCCCAAGGCAUACAACUGUGCAUGUCCGACAGGAAUAAACCUCCUCUCAGAUGGCAAAACAUGUGUACCUGGUAUGACGAGCUUUCUCAUAUUCGCACGAAGAACUGAUAUCCGACUGGUGUCGCUGGAUAUUCCUUACUUCGCAGAUGUGGUUGUGCCUGUAAACGGAUCAAUGAAAAACACAAUUGCAAUUGGAGUCGAUCCUAAAGAAGGGAAGGUGUAUUGGUCAGACAGCACACUGAAUAAAAUCAGCCGAGCUAAUUUAAAUGGAUCUGAGCAAGAAGACAUUGUAACCACAGGAUUAAUAACCACUGAUGGACUAGCAGUGGAUGCGAUCGGCCGUAAAAUAUAUUGGACGGAUACAGGGACCAAUCGGAUUGAAGUUGCCAAUCUGGAUGGAACGAUGAGAAAGGUUCUGAUUUGGCAGAAUCUCGAUAGCCCGAGAGCCAUAGCUCUUCACCAUGACAGAGGAUUCAUGUACUGGACCGACUGGGGGGAACAUGCCAAACUGGAACGUGCUGCUAUGGACGGCUCAGACAGGGCAGUUCUCAUCAAUAAUAACCUGGGUUGGCCGAAUGGUUUGGCCAUUGACAAAGCAGGGUCCCGGCUCCUGUGGGCUGAUGCACAUACUGAGCGCAUUGAGGCAGCAGACUUGAAUGGUGAUAACCGUCGGACAUUGGUCACUCCUGUCCAGCACCCAUAUGGCCUGACUCUGCUCGGCUCUCACAUUUACUGGACAGACUGGCAAACCAGAAGCAUCCAAAGAGCGGAUAAAAACACAGGCGGAGAUGUGAUUACAGUGCGAGGCAACCUGCCGGGGCUCAUGGACAUUCAGGCUAUCGAUCGAGUACGACCUGUUGGUUACAAUAAGUGCAGCGUCAGAAACGGAGGAUGCAGCCAUCUCUGUCUGCCACGUCCCAAUGGUAUCACUUGUGCUUGUCCAACGGGAAUCCAGAUCAAGAGUGACGGGAAAACAUGUGAGGACACUCCCGAGACCUACCUGCUUUUCUCCAACCGUGGCAGCAUCCGACGAAUUUCUUUGGAUACAACUGAUUAUACAGAUGUAUACGUCCCGGUUCCCGAGCUACACAAUGUCAUUUCAUUGGAUUAUGACAGUGUGGAGAUGAAGGUUUAUUACACAGAUGUCUACCUGGAUGUAAUCCGACGUGCAAAUCUCAAUGGCAGCCGUAUGGAGACGGUUACCGGCCAUGGCUUGAAAACUACAGAUGGUUUGGCCAUUGACUGGAUAGCAAGGAACCUUUAUUGGACAGAUACAGGCAGAAACACUAUUGAGGUGUCCUGGCUUAAUGGAAACAGUCGGAAGGUGCUCAUCAAUAACAGCCUGGAUGAACCAAGAGCAAUUGCUGUGUUUCCUAGAAAAGGGUAUCUCUUCUGGACAGACUGGGGACAUCUUGCUAAAAUUGAACGUGCUCAAUUGGAUGGCACUGACAGGAAAGUCCUUAUUAACACUGAUCUGGGUUGGCCAAAUGGCCUGACUUUGGACUAUGAUACAAGAAGGAUUUACUGGGUAGAUGCUCACUUAGACCGAAUAGAGAGUUCAGAUUUAAAUGGAAACCUGCGUCAAGUCCUGGUGAGCCAAGUCACCCAUCCCUUCGCCUUAACACAGCAUGAUCGCUGGAUUUACUGGACUGACUGGCAAACCAAAUCAAUCCAACGAGUGGACAAGUACACAGGACGCAACAAGGAAACCAUCCUCGCCAAUGUGGAGGGGCUGAUGGACAUCAUCGUGGUCUCGCCGCAAAGACAGACAGGUACCAACUCCUGUGGUAUCAGUAAUGGAGGCUGCACACAUCUUUGCUUUGCCAGGGCAACGGACUUUGUGUGUGGAUGUCCUGAUGAGCCAGACGGACGGCCUUGCUCAGUAGUCCCUGGGUACAUGCCUCCAUUCCAGGAAACCACCAGCCCAGGCGAGAGGAACUCUUCUGAAGGCAGCAACCCACACAGAGCUCCAGGCCCUCUAACAGCAAAACCCACAGCAUCCACGAAGAACUCAAGUCAAAACUGUUCUCAGAAAGACAGAAAUCAAGGUCUCUGUGUCAUAGAUGAAACCUGGGUGAUGCCUGCUGUAACCGGAGAUGGACUACAUAUAAGUUACAUUGUGGGAGCUGUCUUGACAAUAUUAGCGAUCUUGGUUCUCAUUGCUGCCGUGAUCAUAUACAGACACAAAAAGGCCAAGUUUGAUGAUCCUGCAGUGAGCAAUCUGACCUACAGCAACCCAUCAUACCGUACGUCUACACAGGAGGUGAAGAUUGAAACUGUUCAGAAACCAGCUAUAUACAACCAGCUUCGAUAUAAAAAGGAGGCUGCUGCUGAUAAUAGCUACACAAAAGAGAAGAUAAAAAUUGUAGAAGGUAUCUGCUUGUUGUCCAACGAUGACCUGUAUUGGGAUGACUUAAAACAGAUUAAGACCAUGCGGGGAGGAAUCCUUCGAGAUCAUGUGUGCAUGACGGCGGACACUCUGUCUGUUCAGGGCAGCACGGACUCGCUUGACGACACAGAGACCGAACAGCUGUUACAGGAUGAACCGCUGUCAGAAUGCAGCAGCGUAAACACCAGCACACAGGAAAGGAGUGGCCUUCCCUUGCCUGACACUGGCUGGCAGCACGAUCGCAAACCUUCGACCGAGAGCGAGGUCUGAUCUCGAAAUGGCUUCUUUCUUUUCCUAUGUUCUAUUUAAAUGUAUUUCUAAGGCAACCAGAGACUGAGCAUGCUCCAAACAAACAGCAUGGUGGGUGGGUGGGAGGAGGGGGUCUCAGAUUUUUUAAAAAAAACAAAGAAAAACACAAAGACUCGCAACUCGACUGGGAACCGACUGGUACUACAGCCUGGUACAGACUCAUACCCUGGAGGACACAACCGUAAACAGCAAGCCUGAAUAGAAUGAAUGCAAGAGAUCACAACUCUCUUUGCGAGUGUUUUUAAAAUGCCACAUAAUACCGUUUUAGCUAAUUAUUUUCCCUCCGUUCACACUAAUGUAUAUCCGUGUCCGGUUAAAGCCGAAUUGUACAGAUGUUGAUCCAUAGCAGGCGCUUGACCUACUUUUAUAUGAUGGAGGGUUCCUCUUUUUGAAAAAAAAAUGGAUGCAAUUCUGUACGUGGAACAGAGUUAACUUUUUGGGGAGGAAAGCUUUUCUUGCUGUGCCAGACCUCUUUAUGUCUUGCCUUUGUGAGGGAUAGUGUGAAAGCCCUUGUGGUCUCAGGUAAGACCUCUGAACAGAGGGGAAAACAUUGAAGGGGCAUGUUUAACCCUUUCACGCCCACUUUGACAAACAGAUACACCAUAGGUUGCUAACACGACUGGAAUCACUGUAUUUUCCUAGUGCUUUGUAAGGAGGAUAAAGGGAUAACGGCAAACAGUUGUAGAGAAUUAAAAUGAGACCAGCUGUUUAUUCCCCUCUAAAUAUAUGUUUAAGCACUGAUUUGCAAUUAAACAUCUAAUUUUGUACUUUGCUUAAAUUGCUGCCGUCACUGUUUGACUAUACUUGCUCAUAAACGACCAGAUGGUGACCAUUUCGUAACAACUUAUGUACAUUUAGAUGACAUGCUUUCAUUAUUGAGGCCAUGCAAACUACUUAUGCUAAAUACCUUAUAAAUACUGUAUAUCACAAACCACCAGGAUUACAGAUGACUUUGUUGGUGUAGGGCAGAAUUCAACGUUUUCAUAUCAAACUUGAUAACAUGGUGAUAGUGUUAUGUUGCAUAUUAAAUUUAAAGCGUAACAAAUUCUGGUGCGCGUGAAUGGGCAGACAGUAGACCAUGCUGCUGUAAGUGACUGUUGGAGAGGUCACUAUCUUAGAAAUACAUUAAACAAGUGACUGAAACUGCAGGAACAUAAUGGAAAAAGCAGAGAAUUGUUUCUCUGUCAAAAAAAUGUAAGUACAUCAAACAAAUGAAUAUUCGUCACAAAGAACUAUUUUAACUGUUGUAUUGAUGAAUGAUUCUUCUACUUGCCACUACUGAUGAUUUCUAUUUGUUGAAUCAUUUGUUGAUUUUCUUAUUUUCUGGGCUUUCUCUAAAUUUCGGCUAAUAUCACUUGCCAUGUUUUAAAUCCUUUGGUCAGCCAAAAGAAUUAUAUUCUUGGUUUUAUUUAUGCCGUAAAUCUAGAAAAACCUGUAAAAUUCCCAACGAUCAAACAC